GCUCAAAAGAGAGGGGAGUUACUCCUUUUGUGCCCCUCGCUGCUCGCUUGUGAGGUCACUGCAUGAGUAAGAUGGGAGAGCGGCCCUGAAUCAGCUAUCACUUAACAUUUGAAUGUGUGCUGGAAGCCCGGCUGGUUUUUUUUUUUCCUCUUCUUUCCCCGGGAAGAGCGCAGAGUUUUAAAGCUAAAGAGAUUUGGGGGAGGGGUCAGUCAGCGGAGGAGGGCUUAGUGAUUAGACGAGGGGGGAAAAAAGCGAGUCCCCCAUCAACAAGCUGCUGCCAGCGAGUGAAGAUGAGCAGCAUGGAUACCUAGGGGCUCAGCCUCUCUGCAGCGCCUUUCUGGGAUCUACAGUAUGGAUUUAAGCGUUUUCACCUUUGGUGCCCAACAUGCAUGUCAGCAACAAGUCUGAAGCAGUCAGCCUGUCUGAAAGGAAUAAAAGAGAAGUUCUCUCGUCCCACCAGUAGCCUAGGGGCUCACUUUCAGGGAGUGUGCCUCUCUCCGAAUGGAGUGGCUGUCUGAUGGUGGUCUGGGCAAGGCAGAAUUCCAACCUGGCACACUAAGACGAGCCUCUCUCACCAGGAAAAUGGGCACGGUGACGGAUUUACACAAUGGGCACCUCUCACUGCUGUUUAACUUCACCCUGCACGCAUGACAUUAAGGCUUUUCUGCAUGUACCUCGGUAGCUGCUGCCCAUUAGGACCAUGGGGAAUGCAUUCAGCAGGCCCAGUUGCUUGGGCCAGAAGUCCAAGCACGUCAAGUCAGAAGAAGAUUUCCUAAAAGAGUGUUACCAGCGCAAGAAGGAGUGCCCCCUGAUUGAGAGCUGGAGUGCGGAGAGCGUGAAAGAGAAGGAUAGCCCUGAUGUUCAGAGCCCCACCAAGGACCAGCUGCAGAGCGCGGGCAUAGCAGGCAGUGCCUCGGCGCCAGCAUCCGCUCAGGCCUCGCCAAACCUUGUGCUUUCGAAACAGAAUGACGUGGAGAUUUGCACGCAGCCUAAUGGCAGAACAGACCAAAGACACAGCAUUACAACAACAGGGCUACAAAGACUAAGCUCUGGCAGUCCAUGGCCAUGGAAAUCGAUGGCCACCAGGGAAGUUACAGAGGUCACCGAGGUCACCGAGACCAUUGUCACAGAAAUUGUGGAAGUGGUGGAGUAUCCGUCAAGUGAUAAACGGGGAGAACCCAUUAUCACUAGGACUGUGAGGGUCCUGAGUGCAACGGCUGAUGAGCUCUCUCAGCUGCAAAGUGAUGGCCUCUCCAUCUCAGAACAGGACAACAUGUCAGACAGGUGCAGCGUCCUGAAGAGAAAGGUCCAUGCCAUAACUUUACACAAAGACCUGGCAGAUUCAGAAGACUUGUUUCAAAAUCUGGAGCCUUUGCUGGUCUGGGUGUCAGACAUUGAGGAGCUUGCAGCCAACCAGAGGCCUCCCUCUUCAGAAGUGAAGGUCGUCAAGGCCCAGCUUCAAGAGCAGAAGCUUUUGCAGCGAUUGUUAGAAGAACGAAGGCCGAGCCUGGAGAACAUGAUUGAGAAUGGACCACUGCUGCUCGAGCGGGACCUGGAGGAUGACCACACGCAAACGCUCAGCAAAAUAGCCGUCUUGAAGCAGAGAUGGGAGACGCUGCUGCUCACGGCAACGGACAGACACAGCAAGCUGGAGCAACUCCUUCCUAAAGCGCAGGACUUUCAGGAGACGCUGGACAGUUUUCAUCAGUGGCUUAUUUCCAUGGAGCAGAACCUCACGGAUCUCCGGACCGAUGAGAAUCACGUGAGCAACACUCAAGAUGCCAUUGAGCAGGCCAAGGCCACUCUUGAAGAAAUCAGAGCCAAGAGUACCAAUCUGGAAGAAGUUCGACUGAAAGGGCAGAAACUUAUGACGUGGAUAUCAGGUGAGGAGUCUCAGAACGUCCAGGAGAAGACUGACAGUCUGAGGAUACGAUAUUCUGUGGUCACUCUAAGCAGCAUCGACACACUUCAGCGGCUGGAGAAAGCUUUGGAGGCCACCUCGAGGUGCACCUCCAGCCAAGAGGACCUCAACUUGUGGUUGGGUCGAGUGGAAAGAGAGCUGGUGAAUGUGAGUGGCCAGAGCGGAGCGAGUGAGCAGAUAUUCACUGCAACGGAGAGGGAGAAGCUAGAAAAAGCUGUGGCGAAGGAACUGGAGUGGAUCGUUACUGCCGAACAAAAAGUGGAGCUGAGCAGCGUAACCCUGGACUCCUGUGGGAUUUCUUCACAACUUCAUGACCAGAAGAAUCUGGCAGUGGAAAUCCUUCAGCACAGAUACAAUGUGGAAAAGAUGUUGAAAAUCGCAGAAAUUUUAAUGAGCUACGGAGGGGAAGAAGAUCUGCAACACUUACAGUCCCAGUUGGAUUCUUUGCGAGACAGAUGCCAGUCUGUAUCCCAGAAAAACUCCUGUGCCACCCUGCAGUUGGAGCAUGCUCAGUCCCUGCUGUCCCAGUUCUCAGAGGCCCAUAGCGAGGUGUCGCCAUGGCUACAGGAAACCCAGGCGCUUAUUGGUCAGCUGUCUUUGCACACCAUUAGUUACGAGGCAUUCAGAGAACAACAGGAGCUGCUACAGGAGCUGCGGGAAUCAAUUGCCGAACACAAGCCCCUGAUCACACGACUGAAGAUGGUGAGCGGCCGCCUAGUAGACCUGAACCACACUCAGGGAGUGGAAUUUCAAGACAGAAGUGCCGCUGCAGAAGAGCUGUACACCACCAUCAAAGACAAAGCGCGCCAGGCAGCCUGUGUGCUGGAGGAGGCCUUACCGCGGUACAUGCAGCUGACAGAAAGAAUGACACUGCUGUCCGAAAGCCUGGAGCGGCUGAAGAACAGGCUGCAGAAUCCUGCUCCGAUACGAGGGGAAACAGCACGGAUCCAGGAGCAGCUUCAGGACAACAAGCACGCCCUGGCAGAGCUGGCGAAGCUGCAGGUGGGCCUCAACACCAUCCAGACUCAGGGGGCUGAACUGAUCAGUAAUGCCCUGGCCUCAGGAGACAGCUCAACGGGCACAGCCAUCCAAGACCAAGUGUCCCGAUUAGCUCAGCAGUGGCAAGAAGUUGAGGAGCAGGCCCAAGAGAGAGAGAAGUGGCUGUUGAACCUCCUGAGCCUGGCCGGCAAGUUCUGGAAUGACUUGGCAGAAGUGGGCAGCACUCUGAGCGACACGCAGCAGAUGAUGAUGGAGCUGAACGACAACAAGUCUGAGGUGGCCUCCAUACAGCAACAUCUGGGCACGAUGCAGACUCUUAGGGAAGACAUUGACAGCCUACAAGGUGACCUGGACAUGCUGGGGAUCUUGGGAGUAGACCUGAUGUCUGCUUGUGGAGCUACAGACAAGCCUGAUGUGACAAAAAGCUUGGAUGAGCUCUACUGCACGUGGAACCAUUUGAGCAAACUGUGGACGGAGCAAUUCAACAAGCUGGAGGAAGCGUUACAAACUGCUGUGCGUUACCAGGAAGCUUUGGAGCGGCUCUUUCGGUGGUUGGAAUCAGCAGAGACGUCCACAGCAAAGGAGUUUUUGGUCGGUGUGGACUUGGAAACAGUGAAGCAGCAGCUUUGUGAACUAAAGGAUGCCAAGAGAGAACUCUAUCAACAGAAGAUUGAGAUGGAGAGCCUGAAUCAUCGUUUCGCCUCUCGAUUUCCAUCACGGUCUGAUCAGGAUGAAGCUGAUACUCGUCUUGCUGAUUUCAGGCGGCGGUGGGACCAUCUGGAAAAGGAAACCGUCAGCAGACAGCAUCAGCUCGAGUCUGCGUUGUUGGGCCUUGGACACUUCCAGCACACCAUGGAUGAGCUGCACACUUGGCUGUCACGGACUACUGAGCAGCUGCAAGGGGGCCGAACCAUCAGCAUCGAUCUGCAGACCUGUGAGAUUGAACUGGCAAAGCACAAGGUUCUCAGAAACGAUGUGAUGUCCCACAUGCGCACCAUAGAGUCGCUGAACCAAGCCGGCCGAGAGCUUUUAGAGUCGGGUGCAGGAGACAGGCCUCACGGGCUACAGGCCAGGCUGGAGGACCUCAAUGAACGCUGGGAGUAUGUCCGCUGUGAGACGGAGAGACGGCAACUGGAGUUGGAAAACAACUUAAGCCAGGUUCAUGACGUGACGAUGGAGAUCCAGGACCUCCUACAAUGGCUUGAACAGACGGAGCUGAGGCUGUCCUCCUCUAAACCUGUCUGGGGCCUACCAGACACCGCCAAGGAGAAGCUCGCCGCACACCUGGAGCUGUGCAAAGCAAUGGAGUCUAAGCUGCAGGUGUACAAUAAUGUGAGGGAUGCCAUCCACAGGCUUUUGGCGAACAGUGAAGUGGCUCGUGGUUCAAGCACAGAGCACAGCCUGUGCAUCAUGGAGCAGAAGUGGGAGGCCGUGCACAGCAAGGUGCUUGACAGAAAGAUGAAGCUGACUGAAGGGCUCACAGUAGCAAACGAAUUUCACAGCAGCAUCCAGGAGCUCCUGAAGGCCAUGUCUGAGACCGAAGAGACGCUCAGGACUUUGUCACCACCCAGCCUCAUCCUGGACAGGGUCAGUGGGCAGCUGCAGGAGCACAGGCUCUUGGUAACAGAAGUCAAUGCCUAUAGUGAGAAGAUUUCCACCAUGGAGGCCUUAGCGUCGCGCCUUAAAGAGUACAGCAAGAAACAAGACUGCACCGUGGUGCAGAACCUCAUGGUGACCGUCCAGGACCGCUGGAGAAAAUUAAAUCAGCGACUAAAUGAGAGGGGGAAAUCCUUGGAAGACGCAAAAAAGCAAGCCAAACAGUUUAGCGAAUCGUGGCGUCUUCUCGCUGACUGGAUGGUGGAAGUGGAACAGACGCUCGACACUCACAAGGAAAUCUCCGUCUCACACGAGGAAAUCAAGCAGCAGCUGUCAGAGCAAAAGGAAUUUCAGAAACUGCUGAGAUCCAAGAGGCCCGUCUACGAGGCCACCUUGAAGAGCGGGAGGUCUUUGAGAGAGAAAUCUCAAUGUCCCGCAGAUAAGCAGCAGCUGGAGGACAUGUUGGCUGAGCUGAGGGACACGUGGGACACAAUCAGCGGAAAGUCAAUGGAAAGGCAACACAAGCUAGAGGAGGCCUUACUGUUUUCAGGGAGGUUCACAGAUGCAUUACAAGCCCUGAUGGACUGGCUGUACAGAGCUGAACCACAAUUGUCUGAAGAGCUCCCCGUAGGAGGAGAAAAGGACCUCGUCACAAAUCUCAUUGACAAGCAUAAGGUUUUCCAGAAAGAGCUGGGAAAGCGCGCUGGGUGUAUGAAGAUGCUGAAGAAGUCGGUGAGAGACCUCACCAAGAACAUCACGGCAGACUCUCAUUGGCUGCAGGAGCAGAUGGAGGAGCUUGAGAGCCGGUGGGAAAUUGUGUGCAGGCUCUCGGUUUCAAAGCAGACAAGGCUUGAGGUGGCUCUCCAGCAGGCUGAAGAGUUUGACUCCCUGGUCCAUUCAUUUCUUGAAAGGCUCUCAGAAGCCGAGAGGACUCUUAAGUAUGGAGUGAUUCCUGAAGAUGAAACGUCUGUAUUGGAGUUUCAAAAGCAGCACCUGGAGUCAAUGAAGUGCCUGGAGUGUCAACAGAUGGAGUUGGACUGCAUCAAAUCACUAGGAGAAGAAAUUCUUGCUUCUUGCCACCCGGACUCUGUUAUCACCAUUAAGUCGUGGAUCAGCGUUACAAAGACACGCUUUGAAGAGGUCCAGGCCUGGGCACAUCAACAAGCUGAAAGGAUCCAGGGCACCCUCACCAUUCUGGAAGCAGAACGAGCCGAAGUGCAGAGGCUGCUGGACUGGAUUUCAGCCGCUGAGGAAUCGCUGACCUUGCGGGACCAGGAGCCUCUCCCCUCAGACAUGGGACAAGCUGAAGAGCUCAUCACACAGCAUGAGGUGUUUAUGGAGGAACUAAACCGACAGCUGCCAGAGAUGGAGAAAGUCACCAAAUUCUGUAGAGAAAAACUCAUUUGUAAACCCCAACUACCUCAGACUAGAAAAACUUCAACCAAACGCAGGAGCACUGUGAAGCCCCAGCCAAUGGCAACUACCUCUUUUGAACCCCUGGAGCCUAAGACCCCUCUAGUCAGCUUGUUAAUCAGUCGCUGGCAACAGCUGUGGCUCCUUGCCUUAGACAGGCAGAGCCGACUUCAGAAUCAUCUGCAGAAACUCAGAGAGUUGGAAGAAUUUGCCAAUUUUGAUUUUAACGUGUGGCGCAAGAGGUACAUGCAGUGGAUCAGCCACCUCAAGUCGCGCAUUCUGGAUGUUUUCCGGGGCAUCGACAGAGAUCAGGAUGGAAGAAUUAGCCAGAGAGAGUUCAUUGACAGCGUCCUGUCAUCCAAAUUCCCUACAAAUUCCUUGGAGAUGAAUGCAGUUGCAAACAUCUUUGACAUCAAUGGCGAUGGUUAUAUUGAUUACUAUGAGUUUGUGAGUGCUUUGCACCCGAGCCGCGACCCGUAUCGCAGGAGCGCAGAUGCCGAGCGCAUCAACGAAGAGGUGAGCCGGCAGGUGUCUCAGUGCAACUGUGCCAAGCGAUUCCGAGUGGAGCAGAUCAGUGCCAACAGAUACCGGUUUGGGGAUUCCCAGCAGCUGCGAAUGGUGCGGAUUCUGCGCAGUACCUUGAUGGUAAGAGUUGGAGGAGGGUGGACAGCUUUGGACGAGUUUCUGGUGAAGAACGAUCCCUGCAGAGUUAAAGGCAGAACCAACCUGAAAAUUAAAGAGAAGUACCUGUCACCAGACUCCUUUGGAGCUUCUCCUCUCAAGUGUGGCGGCAGCCAGUCUGCUAAGGUGAUGCCUCCAAGCCGCUCCAAUUCCAGCCUGAGUUUAUACAGCAGCGCGUCCGCCCCAAGCAGCCCCCUCACCAGAAAGUCGGCACUGAGAAGGAGCCUUUCCGGUGAUCGCUGUCGGCCAAGAAGCUCAAUAGCUGCUUUGGGGUCGGAUCUUCAGUUUUCUGCCACCAGGGACUGUGCAUCUCCAGGACCACCAGAAGACCCAGAAAAGGCUCCAACAUGAUUGUGAACCCCUGCAACAUACAAGGAAGCCUUGUGAGCAACCAUCAACAAAAAGGGCACGCGACACCCCGUCCCAGGAGAUGUCCGCCAAGAUUCUGAAUGAGAAAACCAAGCAUGUGGUUUACGAGAACCUGGAUCUUAAGGGUGUUGUGUUUUUUUUUGAAGAAGUGCAGGACUGUCCAUUUGUUGUCAUGACUGUAGUUUUCUCCCCCCUGGCUUGGCAUGUUUUCCGUGCUCAGCCGAGGUUUUUUUUCCUCUCUCUAUAACCUUAAAAUAUUCUUCUUCCUGAGGCAAUAAUACCCCGCCUGUUUGGUCCUUUCCAUUCUAAGUCACAAAAAAUAACGUGAGAUCCAGACGAGCUGGAGGCUUUGGUGGAUGGAAUUGGGCCAUCAGGCGUGUGGGGGUACAAUAGAGGCAGAGACAAACUCCUCUUCUGUAUUUUUAAAGACCAUCGUUGAAACAGUCCAUUAAAAUUCAGGAACAAUUCACUCUGCGAUGUAUGGAAGAAAUUGGUUCAGAAAAUAGAGGGAUAAAUAAUGGAUGGGUAAAAAUUUUACUGCGCCUUGUGAUGGUAUGCUGUGUGCCAGGCGCUAUAUACAAUAACGAUUGAUUGAUCGAUCUUAGCUGGUGUUCUGACUUGCACAUUUCUAGAAAAGUGAAAUGCAUUCUUCUGUGUAACUGUGUAGCUGUAGUGCUUGCUGGAUGCUUUAUGGAUGUUGCCGGGCUCGCCUUGUCUGCAUGUGAACGACUUGUGGUAUGUCGGACUGUGAAGGGCCUGCUGUCAUUGAGGACACUCGUGGAGUUUGUGCCAUUUGAAAUCUUGUGUGUAAAUACUGUAUACAUGUUCUUGUUUUGCCCAGUAACUAGAAAGCAGUUUAUAGUGCCUGACUGUGUAGGGAAAUAUGAAAAACAAUGUCAUGUGCUGCUGAGAAUGUAAAAUAUGCAACCGAAUUUCAACAACAGCCUCCGUUUGGUUUUCCGAUGUGCUUCUGUGCAGCCUUACUACUCUGUUUAAAAUACUGAUAGCGACACCUAUUUUUACCUUUGAUCAUCAUCUUCAUUCCUUUGAGGAAGAUGACAGUAAAGAGGCAGAGUUACUCAGUUUAUGCUUAUCUAGCAUCCGCACAGCUUUUCAAGGUAUAUCCCACACAAAAGUUAUAUUUUAUUUUAUAUGUCACUUAAUCCAUGUGGCUCAAUAAAUUUUAAUCUCAUGUUUUUGUGGAGAACGGUGAUGGUGACUAAUGACUGACUGUAGUAAACAAUCUCAAAAACAUCCAUGAAGAAGUCUCCCGUUGCUUGUGUCACAUAACCCACAUGUCAAGUUGUCCAGUCGUAUGCCCACAACAGGCCAAACAUGUGCAUUGUUUGCUAAAGUAUUGUUAGAUACCCACAUCUUUACCUCAUUCAUUGGUCAAGAGUCAUGUCUUCGAUUCAGAUGCUCAUUCCGUAGUGAAUAUGUUUCCUGCGCAUGCACUGCUUUGAUUUUCUAUAUGUAUUUAACAAUAUUUUAGCAAAAAACAGUAUUUUGCACAUCAUCUGCAUGCAGCUAGAUUACUUGACACAUGAAUUAUGUGACGCGAGUAAGGUGAGAUUUUUGUUGUGUCUAGUGUUGGUCCCUGUGGACUCCCACUUCACCAGAAAGUUUGUUAUCUCCGUUCGCCAUGAAAACAUGACAGUUAACAUUAUCAAAAUAUCAUUUUGGGUGGAGUAUUCCUUUAAAGCAGAAAUCCCAAAAUAGAUAACCUUCUAGCUCUCAUCUCUGUACAUCAAUGGUAUUCAAGUUCAGUUCUGGGGACCCUCAUCUCUGCAGGUUUUUAUUGUGGUUUGACAAGCACUUUGCCAUUCUUGAUCUCAUUGUUUGGGUAUCUAAGAAAUGACGUUUCUCCUCUGCUGUGACUUUAAACGCUUGUGAUGUUUUCUUUUUAAACAAACGCUGAUGAUUAACAAUGAAUAGCGCAGACACGGGUGGGAACAGCUUUGAAUGCGAUUACAUCAUCGCCAUUUGCCUGUUUCUCACACAAGAGCAGACGUGAAUAUGAGACAGCACUCAAGCAUUCAGACUUGUCAGCAUUUGGAUACAAUUAAGGGAGUAAACUUGGAAAGGGUGAAUUAUAAAGAAAAUAGCAAACGAAACAUAAGCAUUUAAUAUUAAAAUUUCAGAAUGUCUUGGAAAAAGUGAAUAAUAAAAAAUUAUUUAGAUCAAAAACCCACAGCCACAGGGGUUUUGCAGGACUGAACUUGGAAACCCACAUUGUUAAACAGAUACAAAUACUACACCUGGGGUGUCAAAGUGAGCUCUUGGAGGUUCCCACUAUACCACUCCGUUCAAAUAGCUAAACAGCGAGCACCACAGUUAUACACCACCACCCCUAGGGCUGCUGCAACAAUAACCGGGUGACCAAUGCUACUUCUCUACUGAUCUCACACCAGAACACAGAAAAAAUGACGAUAAAUGAAAAUAUGAAUAUAUACAUUAGAAAACGGAGAGAUGUAGUACAAGUACAAAUACCUCUUUACAGACCCAUCCAGUAGCCUCCCUAAUAAACUUACAUCUGAUGUCUAAUACAAACUAUCAAAGAUGAUAACAAUAGCACUUCACUGAAAAUCCAGGCAUCACCAAACUGUUUUGGAUAGAUAUAUAGAUGACGCUGCAGAAAACCCGUCUGAUAUAAGAAAAAUGUAUGAUAAGAUGAGUGGCAGAGUGCUCCCCAAAUGGUUAGACAUAACUUUAAUGGAUUAUCGGUAGACGUCUUCAGGCUCCGUCCAAGCCCACUCCCCAUAUUGUUUCCUCACAGAUGAGGGUUCACCAAGAUGUCCCGAGUAAGGAGGAGGUCAUUAUGUUCUCCACUCUACUCCCUUUAACUUACCCCUCGUCCUUUCAUUGUUCUACUCAUUUUUUACAAGAGAGUUUCCCAGGUAAGCUCCACCCCUUCUUAUUUUUGAUCAAUUCUAUUGGACGCCUUCACACUCCUUAACUGUCAUGAGCAAGACAGUGUUACAUAAAAAACAGACCUACUAAAGUGGAUGCAGACACUCCUGACUCCUACAACACUGUCACAUAAUCUUUGUCUUCAAUGUACUUUACGUUUGUGUCAGUCCAUCUGACGUUUCUGAAAGUGUGGAUUUCCCUUUUCCGGGUGGUUUAUCUCAUUGUUUUAUGGAUCAGUGUAGAUCAGCAUGUCUUAGUGCUUACACUUUCUUCUGAAACUGCUAUUUAAUGAUGGCUUGUACACAAUUAGCUGAUUGGGUGAUGGUCUCCUUGUUAUUCAAAUCUCAUUAAUUGACAACUACUAAGCAAUUAAAAGCUGUGAAUGCAGCUGAAUAUGAGAAAAAACAACUAACAAAGGUUUAUAACAAGGAGCAGAACCAGAACGGUCAUAAGAGAAAGUUGCAAAAAUGGUGAAAUGGGGUGUGAGGCCACCAAAAUGAACCACAAAGGCAGGUCAGGAU